AUGGAACCACAAACUGUUUACUACUCUGGAACUCCAAUGACCCCGCCCCAGGGCGUACACAUUGUAAAAGCCGGCAGUCAAUUCGUGCAGCCAUCUGGGAGUGGUGCUACGCAACCUGUCUACUAUGCCUCCGGAAGCCAGGCACAAUACCAUCCACAACAAGUGUCAAAUGCAUCGACAACGACGUCUUCUAUGACAUACAACCCACAACAGCCACAGCAAAAUUUCUACACCGUACAGCCCACUCAAUAUACUUCAUCUGCAGUUCCAAAUAGUCCACAGGUCUACACAGUGGGCGCCUCGUAUCAGCAACAACAGGCCACACCGCAGUAUCAAAGCUUAUCCCAGGGCCAACCUCAAUCGCCACAGCUAUUCUACUCACCAUCGCAGCAAUCGUCAUCGCGUUUAGUUUACGCCAGCUCUGCCCAGGCUCAAACCCCAGCAACCCAGUAUCAACCACAAAGCAGUCAAAUACAAUACCAGUCGUCUCCUGGUCAGGCUCAAUACUACCCACCUCAGUCAGCAUCGACGACACGCAUGGUACAGUACACACCACAGACAUCCUAUCAAGUGCAGUCAGUUCAAGCCUAUAGUAGUCCGCCGCAACAGCAGAUCCACGUAGCUUCGCGCCAAGUCUUGCAGCCACAGGUUCAAACAGCGACGUAUCAGCCCCAGCAAACUAUGUACCAGCCCACGCAGGUCUCCUCAACCCCCGUGCAGGCCCAAGUGAUGAGAGUGAGCCAGCCAUCGUCACAGCAACAGAUUCAGGUGCAGCAGCAAAUACAACCGCAGCAGCGUCAAUACGUGCAGAAUGCGGGGAAACCUAUCGACCGGGCCGCUUAUCCGAUGGGAGCAGAAGCCAAUCAGCAGCUUACAGGGUAUCAGCCAAUGGGGAGGGCUGCGCCGGUUGGUGUGGCCACGCCCCCGCAGCAGCAGCAACUACAACAGUACCAACCAUCGCAACAGCGGAGCCACCUCCAAUUGGCGGCAGCGCAGCAGCCGAGGUCCGUGCCACAGUCGCCGUCACAGAGACCGCCUACGAGUCCUUCGGGCGCUACCCCAAAACUUCGUCAACUCGUACGUCUUUUGAUAAGCUAG